UGUUUCUCAACCACUGUAGACGCUUCAUUGUAGGCUGCAGCGGUCAUUGACCACCAGAAGUGACUCCGGGUUACAGCAGGACAGAAAGUCAGCAGGCAGACGUUCAGAGAUUGAGUCCAGCAGUCCCGAUGGCAGACAGUAUGAAGACUAAUGAGGCUGAAGCUGCAGCAACAGAAGCAGCUAAUGAAGAGCAGCAGACUGUCGUUUCACGUGUGAGCAACUUGCCCCUGGUCAGCUCUGCCCGCGAGGUGGUUUCCACUGCCUACAGUAGCACCAAAGACAACGUGCCCUUGCUGAAGGGAGUGAUGGAUGUGGCCGAGAGCGGAGUCCGAACCCUGGGAGCUGCAGCUAGCAUGGGGUCCAAGCCCAUUCUGGACAUGAUUGAACCACAGCUCGCCACAGUGAAUGAGUAUGCUUUAAAAGGACUGGAUAAGAUGGAAGAGAAGCUGCCGAUUCUUCACCAAUCAGCUGAUAAGGUGGUGUCAGACACAGUAGACAUGGUGUACCAGUCGAUGGCAGGAGCCAAAGACGCCGUGGUGGGGGCUGUGAUGGGUGGUGUUGAGCUGACCCGGGCAGCGGUCAGCGAAGGUAUCAACACAGUCAUGGGCACAAGGAUGGGCCAGAUGGUCAGCAGCGGGAUGGGCCUGGCCCUCAGCCGAUCGGAGGACUGGGUUGACCAGCACCUGCCGCUCACUGAGAAGGAGCUGGCUGCUGUGGCUGAACCCACCAGCUCUGAGGUGAUUGCCUCUUCAUCUAGCUCCAGCUACUUCGUUCGUUUGGGGAAACUCUCUGCCAAGGUACAGGAGAGGGCGCUGGAGCAUUCCCUGGUCCGUGCACGGAGAGCAAGGGAUGCCACGUAUACUUUAGUGGCUCAGAUUACCAACACACUGGACCUGGUGGAGGAGAGCACCCGUGCCAGUCUGGACACAGCCAGUAAUCAGUUAGCAGGAGCCUCCGAGCAGCUGCAUCAGAGCUGGACCGAAUGGAAGCAGAAACAGGAAGGAGCGGGUCAGAGUGAAUCAGAGCCAGACGGGUCCAAACACGAAUCUGAGCAACUGGAAUGGCGGGCCCUUUCUAUGGUCCGGGGUCUGAGCGACCAGCUGAGGUCAGCAUGCUCCAAUGUGGUUUCAAGUGCUCAGGGUCUGCCGGGUACAGUCCAGGAGCAGCUGGCCAGCGCACGGCGAGCCGCCGAAGAGCUGCAGUCCUCUCUGGGGAAUGCAAGCACCAUCACCCCCCACCUUAUGGAGGGAAGCCGCCACCAUUUGAAACAGGUUCAGCAGUCUCUGGAUGGUGUCAUGGAGUAUUUACUGCACAACACACCACUCAACUGGCUGGUAGGACCUUUUGCUCCUCAGAAGGGAGAGAAAGAAGAGCAUGAUGAGGCGAUGGAGCAAACUGGUCCAAAACAGUAGACACUGAGACUGUUUAUUGCCUUCUUUUCGUUUUCUGUUGAUGAAAACAUUCCUUCAUUAGUUUAUUCAGCCAAAAUGCUAUGUAAAAUGUAUAUUAUGUACUCAUCCUAAUUCUUCAACUUUGACUUUGUAAGAUUUAAAGAUGGCAUAAGGAAUGUAGUUAAUUUCAGCAAAAAUGUGAUGUUUGUCUCUAAAUUUUCUUCACUUGAAUUUUUUGGUUGAACAUUGUGGUAAAAGUACUUUGACAUUUUUAAAGAUGAAUGCAGGUUUGUUUGGUUUCCUUUGUCAGUAUUCAGAUUGUUCCAAAACUGUAACAAACGUUAACUGAGUUAAAACAGUUCAUGCCACAUUUCAUUUGCUUUGAGACUUGGAAAACAAAUCUCAUGAUCUUGUAUUUGAAUGUAAAACGGUAAAGUGUUAAGUUAUCACUGAGGUUAAUAUUCAAUAAAUUUAACAGCAAAGUGUCAAA